AUGAAGUGUUUGGUUUUAAUUGUUAAAUUACUAACAAUUAGUGUAUUAACUCAAUUGUUGGCUGCCACUAAAGUGUUACCAUCGAAUGGUGGAUUACAUAUCAGUAUAUCUGAUAAUGAGACUGAGCUAGAUCUGGAAGGUAGUAAUCGUGCACCAAAUGAUUGUAAAAAGAAUAGUACCAGCAGUACUGUUCGUUCAUCGUCACCACCAGCUAGAAAACGGAAGGUUCUUAGUGAUGUGAAUGCGUAUUUAACUGGUGAUUUAAGCGAAGAGGAACAGUUAUUGGAUCCGUGGGCGUUUUUUAAGAAUUAUGAACUGGGAGAGUUUGCAGAAGGUGAUUUACGAAUUUCUUCAGAAGUAGGUAAUAGAAGAACAUUUUUAAAGAAAGCGAAAUUUUGGAAAGAAGGAAUUGUACCAUUUUUUGUUAACGAAAUAAUAAAGAACGACAAUCAUGCAUUAACAGUCUUAUUAAACGCAAUGAGAACUAUUUCAAUUGCAACGAGUAAUUGUGUUCAAUUUAUUCCAAUUGAUAUAAAUCAAAUUCGAACGUAUCCUCAGUUACCAUUCUUAAAUAUUACUGGCGAUGAACAAGGAUGUUUUUCUGAUAUUGGUCAAUCGAAUUACGAGAAUAUACAAUCCCAAAUCAACUUAAAUAUAAAUCAAUGCUUUCUAUUACCGGGAAAUAGUUUGCAUGAGCUACUACAUAUUUUAGGACAAACACAUGAACAUAUGCGUCCCGAUCGUGAUCAGUAUAUACGCAUUAAUAAAACCAGCACAAUUGGACAGCGCACACAUCUAUCGGAAAUCGAUAAAAAGAAAUUAAAUAUCCAAUAUGCUUGCCCAAAAAAUAGAAAACGGUUUAAAUUCGUUGAUAUUCUCGAAUUAUACAAUAUAACAGCAGAUAAUGCAACUAUUAAUCAUACACACGAAGUAAAUAUCUUGAAUACUUUACCGGAGCAAAACAAAUCGCACACAAUUUCUCCUCAACAGUUAGGGCAGUCUAAUACCCACUUAGGUGUUCCUAAAUAUACAAACAAAUCUCCGCAUACUAUGAUAUUCACGACGACUCCAACAACCCAAUUAUCAUAUGCAACACCUACAAAUUACGAACCCUUUUUCGGAAACUUAAUUGAAAAAUUGAGUAAAAAACCUUAUACUUCAAUCACCAUAAAUGGAAUUCCAUACAACCCAAACUUCGACCUAAACCCAAACCGUCAAACAAUGAUCCCAAGUAAUAAUAAAUACAUAUAUCCGUCAUAUCCAUCAAGUUAUAAUCCUUAUCGAAAUGAAUUUAGCCCGGAGAAUAAUCCUUCCAGUAAUUUAAUGAAAUACUUUAAUUCUUUAUUAAAUCAACAACCUUUCGGAAAUAAUCCAUAUAGUCCGUAUAGCAACGUUCCAAUCAGUUCUUACCAAAUACCCCGAUACAAUCCUACACCUAAUUUCAAUUACAUUUCAUCUACUUAUGAACCGAUAACGACUUCUUAUGAAUCCUUAUUUUACAAAUCACCGAUGAUCAAUUACAUUCAACCUAAACCUUCCAUCCAAUCUUAUCUAAAUUCUUAUAAACCGACAUAUUCCAUUCAACCUAAACCAAAUCCUUAUUAUCCAUCUCAUUUCAAUUACAAUCCCCAAAAAAAGAAUCCUUAUGAAUUAUUAUAUCUGAAUCCAUCUUCCAAUCAUUUACCAUACAAUUAUGCUCCAUUCGACGAACCAACAAAGAAUAAUGAUAAACGUCCAAAUUACGAGACAGUGCUUACUAAAUUGACCACUUUAAAACCUGUUCCAACUACUCCUGAAACAAAUGUUAGAACCAAACUACAAUUUAAUCAACACUCCCCAUGUAAUAUCACUUCAGAAUCUAGAAAGAUGUAUUCUUCAAGGAGUUCCUUGAAACCCAAUACUUUUCUGAAUCCAAUUACAACCCUUUUACGAUUAAUUAAUCCUGUUUUAAAUAAUGCUAAAAAUAUCAUGGCUUUCGAAUUAAGACCGCCAAUUUUGAAUCGCAUUUCUUAUAUUUAUAAUCAAGAAAUUGAGAAUGGUAAUACUCCACCGAAUAAAGAAAAGACUGAUAAAAAUAGUCCAUUGGAUGAACCAGAAGUUCCUAAAGAUCUUUCUAAUGAACAAAUGACUCCACUGAACGCGAUUUUUUCACAUUCAUCAUAUUAUCCCAAUGAAUAUCCUUCAACGUACGAAAAUCGUCGGAACGAUAUUAUUAUGGAACCUUCUGAAUACAAAGGUCAUAACUGGAAUAGAGUUCCAAAUCGACAAAUUAAUCACCCACUUGUGAAUGGAAUUAAUUAUCUUACGAGAUUUAUUAAUAACGAAUAUCCUGCAUUGCAAUCUGAUGAUGCUUCAUUUGAAACAAAUGAAAACACUUAUCCUGUUCAAAAUAAUCAUGGACAAAAUAAUCCUAUUAAAUAUAUUAAAAUUGAAUCUCCAACAACUAAAACUCCUGAAAACGACAAUGAAAAAAAUCCAUUGGGACCAAAAUUGCCUGAUAUAAUUAAAAUGAUCAGAUAUAAAAAUAUAAAUAUAAAAGACACAGAAACUAAAGAUGGUUCUAAAAUAUUGCCUUGGAAAAUUAAAUCACCUAGUUUAGAGAGAAUUCCAAUGAUUAUAAAGUGGAAUGGAAAUGGAAACAUUCAUCGUAUCAGCUAUAUUAAAAAUAGACUUCCUCCACCUAAACAAAAUCCUGAAGGAGGGAAUCAUUUGAAACUCAAUUCACCUAAUUGGGGAAGAAUUUCUAAUGAAAAUAAACAUUCUCCAUUGAAUAAUUAUUUUAACCAGUUUCCUAGAAAUGAAUAUCCAGAAGAAUUGACGGCGACUGAUCCAUCUAAUAUUCCAUUGUAUUUGAAAGCACUCAUAAGUCAUGUAUAUCCCGAAACGGGAAAGAACACUCAAUACAUUGGAAAUCUUCCUUAUGAUUCGUUAGCAUUAAAAUCACCUGAUUUAAGUAAGGAACAUCCAUCAGAGCCGCGUGAAAUAGACAAAGACAUAAAUGAAAUUAUUAAAUACGUUAUUAAUAAUGGCUAUCCUUCACCGAAAAAAGAUAUGGAUGACAUUAUAAAAAUGUACCAAAUUAUAAAAAAUGUUUAUCCUUCACCAAAUAGAGAUAUUGAUGAAAUCACAAAAGUGUAUAAAAUCCUCCAUAGCGGGUAUCCAUCGCAGAAUAGAAACGACAAGGACAAUGGACAGAAUCCUGAUCAAACAGGACUUUUACAAAGAGUCAAUUACAAGUUUAUUUCACCAAAUAGUCCUAAAACAUCUAACAAAACAAGUAGUGGCCCUAUCAGUUAUAAUUCACAGUCUUCAACAGGUGGAGUAAUAAUGAAUCCAAACGAAUACACGAGGCCUAAAUUAAAUAAGGUCCCAUUAGAAUUAAAUCCAAACAAUGAAUUUCCUGCAACGGAAUAUUUUAUUAAAUACUUUAAAAUGAAUCCGCAAGUAUCCAAAUCGCCUGGAUUAAAAUUUACCAACACUCAAUAUCAUCCAAACGUUGAAGCCAUGAGACCUUCAACCAAUACUAAUGACCUUAAAACGAAUCCUGAAAGUGGUUUAACCCCAGAAAAGUUGACGGAAAUUAUUAAAAUUUUAGGUCCUUCAAUAAAUAAUAAUGGAAUUCCAACAAAUAUUCCCGAAAAUUACGAACGAUUUCUUGAAAUUUUAAACCCUUCAAUAUUAAAAGAGCUUUUAUCUUCUAAUCAAACCAAUAUCGAAUCGAAUGACAAAAAUCCACCUCCUUCAACGGAGAAUGAUCGUAAUAUUUCAAAUAAUCCUCCUAAAUCAAAAGCAACUCCUUUAACUAUUACACAAGGUAACAUGUCUGUUUUUAAAACUGUGUAUCAUUCAAAUAAUAUGAGAAAAUAUCCUGCAAGUGAAAUAUCCUUCAAUAAUGGCAACAACUUCGCCCAACCAUCCAUUGAGUUAAUACGAAACAAACCAAUCAGUAAAUCUGAAAGUCCUUUGAAAAUGAAUAAUGAUUUUAUAGAAAAACCUUAUAAAUCACCAAUUAUUUAUCAAAACACAGAAAAUUUAAAUCCUUUAUCGAAUCGCAAUAAUCAAAACAAUCCUUCGUUACCUCAUUAUUUUAUAAUUCCAUCCGAUCAUAAUCCAACUCUUCAUAGACCAUAUAGUACUCUAAAAUUCAUACUGAAUCCACAAAAAAUCAAUGACGAUAUGAAUCCUAAUCAAGAAGUUCAUUCGAACAAUGACGAUAAAAAUCCUAAUCAAGAACAAUCGCAACGUGUCUCACCUUUAUUGAAAAAUGUACAACGUCCUCUGCCUAGAUCGAAUUGGUUGGAAUACUUUAUUACAUUGUGCAACAAAAACAAGAAAGAAAGAAAUGAUUUAUAUGUACCAAAUUCACCUAAAUACGAACAAACUUUGUGA